AUUUAUCGGCUGCACCUUUUAAUUUUGAGCUCGUUGUUUCGAGCUGAUCAAUUUUAUCAAUUUUAUCAGUAAAUUAUAUUCCAAAUUGAGAAAAAAUGGAAUUAGUGAUAAACCCACCCCAAGAAGUUUUCGAUCAGCUGAUCCAUUUGGCCGGAGCUACUAAUGGAUGGGCUCAUCAGCCAUAUGACUAUCGAUUUUAUAGUCAGGCUUAUGAUGGCUAUUGGUUUGUCGCAAUGGUGGAUACGGAAAAAGAACCCCAAGAAAAGUUUGUCGCUGGUGGGUGUUUGGCACGUUGGGAUACCGUAAACGAUGCUCCGCUGUACUCAAUUGGGCUGUAUUACUGCAGAGAAGAGUAUCGUGGAAAAGGCCACGGAAUUCCGGUUUUCCAAAAAAUGAUGGAUAUUGUUAGUGAUGGAAAUUGCGUUUUGACGGCAGCAGCCGACAUGUCUCCAAAAUACGCUAAAACCUUUGGGUUUACGGAAAUGUUGGCAUAUUGGCAAAUGGAAGCAAACAUUGAGCCCAAGAAAAUGAAAAUUCCAGAAAAUUUAGUGACAGAGUAUACUACAAAGGACUGGAGAGAAGUAAAUGCUGAGCAGCUGGAAGCCUAUGAUUUGACGAUUUGCCCAAGAGCCCGGCGGAAAAUUAUCAGGCCCUGGUUUGAGCAAGACCAGAGUUAUACUCGGGUGGCAUUCGAAAGAAAUCAAAAUAUCGUUGGCUACUGUACCAUCCGAGUCAUCAACCUCAAUCGGCUUUGCACUGCCCCAUUUUAUGCUGAAAAUGUGCAUGUUGCUGAGCAAUUGCUGGCGGGUAUCAGGGGUAUGGGAAUCAUACCGAAUUUCCAAAAUUUCGAGAAAAUCAUCUUCUGGUACCCAGAGGUCAAUAAGGAUGUUGAAAGACUCCUUCAAAAAUUCGCACCUGACGGCGGAUUUUCUGUGCACGUGGACUUCCGUACUCAAUUCACGAAAACGAUAAUUGAAGCGCGAGACGAAGUGGUGUAUGCGGUGUCUUGUUCAGUUCAUCAAUUUGUUUAAAUUUAGUGUAGAUUUUUACAAUAAAACUGUUUGAUUUA